AUGGCUUCGGGUUUCUGUGAGGAUUGCUCCAGACUUCUGGAAGAAUUCAACUUCCAUCUGAGGAAAGUCGGCAGAGAAGGGAGGAGGAAGAGGAGGCUCUCUCUGAACGAUGAGGAACUUCAGCUCCAUGAUGAGGAAAGUCUUCAGACUCUGAGCCGACUCUCAGCUUCAGAGGACAUUGAGCUGCAGAAGACAGCGGCCAUGUUUUAUCUACAGCUCAGUCAUCACUUGAAGUCUCCUCUACCAGACGCAUUGUUGGAGCCGGUCAUGAACUUACUGCUAUCAUCUGACCUGGAUGUUCAGAAAACCAUCUCUCUGUCUUUAGUCAAUCUGUUAGUGAAGAACAACGUGUGCAGAGCCUCUGUGGUUGAGAUGGGGAUGCUGGUUCCGAUCCUGGAUCUGAUCCGGUCCGGAGACUCCAGCGCUCAGAGCCACUCCUGCGCCUGCGUCUGCCUCCUCGCCUCCUCAGAGUCGAACAGAGAGACUGUCAUGUUGGAGGGAGUGAAGCCUCUGCUGGCUUUAGCGAAAUCCUACGACCCUCGAGAGCAGCAGGUGGCCUCCUGGGCUCUGAUGCACCUCACACACUCAGAUUGGUCCAGGAGGCUGCUGGGUGAUGCGGGGGGUUUCCCGGUUCUGGUUCUGCUGCUGCAGGGCUCAGACUCAGAGGUCCAGUUCUACAGCUGCUCCGCCCUCUGCAACAUCUCUUCUGCUCGGGAGCUCCACCCGAAGCUGCUCAGCAUCGGGAGUCACUUCCUGUUGAAGUCCCUGCUGACGCUCGCCUCCUCCUCCGUGCAAAAUAACUCGAUGCAGGCGUGCAGAUGCCUACAUACUCUCUCACAGAAUGAUCUGAUCCUGGAGCAGCUGAUAGAUCUGGACUGCUUGUUGCCUCUGCAGUCACUGCUGAAGACGUCCUCUGCUGUGUGGAGAGAGUCAGCCGUCACACUGCUGUCUGCGCUGACGUCACACACACCGAACAAAGACAUCCUGGUGAGCGAGGGUCUGCUGGAGGAAGUGGGUCAGCUGCUUCUUCAUCCCACAUGCAGCUCCGUCAUCAUCACACACAGCUGCAGGAUCAUCACUGACCUGAGCAGCUGCAGCGAGGGUCAGCAGGCUGUGAUGGAGGCUCGCUGUUUGUCAGGACUCCUCGGAGCUCUUCUGUCUCCGUCUCUGACUGAUGACACUUUAAUGCAUCUGACGUCAUGCUUGCAAAACCUCAUGACACAACAUCCACUUAAGUCUGAGUUGUCGGUCAUGAUAACAUCAGAGCACGUUUCCAGACUUGUGAAGUUAUCGGGACAAACACAAAAUCCUCAGUUAUCGUACAACAGUGCGGCCGUCAUCAGCAGACUGGAAAUGACAGGAGAGACGGUCCAGCUGCUGAAGCCUCACUACGUCACCAUGUUGGAGUACCUGUCGGUGUUUCUCAAAAAUAAAGAUUUAAAGUUCCAGCAGCUUGGCAUAGUGAUGAUAUCCAACCUCAAGACAGAUGGAGACUUCUCCUCUCUGUUGUCUGGCGGUGAGGUGGAGGAUCAGCUCCGGACGGUUCAUGAUCAGACGGAGGAAACCAGACGGCUGCUGCAGACGAUCCAGCCUCUCUCUCCAUCUCCUGUUCACCCUUUACUGCCUCGACACAAACACUGAGAGACGAGCACUGAGCACAGCAUUCAUGCACUGAAGAAGCAGCUUUUCUCCAUCAUGUUUUAAAGUGUUUAUUUAUUAGUUUUUAUGCUUACAGUCAACAACAACGUAAGUGAAAAACAAGGCAGAGAAGCGGCAUAGUAUCAACUCUUAACACGUGAUAGUUACAAGCAAUCGGAUAUUUAGGAUUGGAUACAUUUGUUUUUUAUAUAUGCUUUUCUUAUAAUAAACUCACUUAAACUUCUA